AUUAUGCAAUUUGAUAUUAGUGAACAAUUUAUCAUUCCAGUGGAUUUAGCUGCUUAUCCCGACUAUUUAUUCAUUAAUGUCUAUAUGAUUGAUUUAAAUUUCAUAUUAAAUCGUCUCAUCAGCGGUUUCUAUCGUCAAUCCACUUCGAUUCAAUCGGAUUUUUUACAAUUCUAUGAAAAUACAAAACGUUAUAAUUUACCAACUGCAUCGAUUGUUAAAAAUGCUCAAUGUAUUUAUGAAUUAGCAUUGUAUUGUAUAGAGAAUAAACAUGUGAAAUGU